ACUGGCAGCUCGCCACACUAGCCUUGUUGCUAGGGGGCGGAGCCUUGGUGCUGAUGUCAUUUCUGGUUGCUUUGGUCGCCGUGUGUAUCGGCACGAGACGGCGGUUCUAUGGUCCCGUUGCCUUCAUGCUGUUUGCUGCAGUUGUCCUGCAGGCCUGCUGCUUGGUCCUGUAUCCCAUCAAGUUUAUUGAAAGCAUCAACCUGAGGAUCUAUCACGAGUUCAACUGGGGCUAUGGCCUGGCCUGGGGAGGAACCAUCUUUUCCUUUGGUGGGGGGAUACUCUACUGUCUCAACCCCAAAAACUACGAGGAGUACUACUGAUCCCUAAGCCAAGGACUUUAUAGUCAUGUAGAGGGAAGGUAAACUAGGAGAAAAACGGGUAUGGGUCUUAUUACCAGCUUAAUUYCCAUGAACUGUUGGGACUAUCAGAUGUUGGAGCUCAGCCUCUAACAGUACGGACACAAGCCUUGGAGUCAGUGUUUUAAUUAUUAUUUGUAAAACAGACUUUGAAGAACUGAUGUACCAAAAGAUGGCAGCUACAAGUUURCCUACAUGUUUAAUUUAAAGAAAACAAAGGGUAUUAUGUUCAGGCUUUUGGCUCUUAUUAGAAAACUUGCACUGGAGUUGAGGAUGUUAAUGUACUUGUAUGUGUAUCUUCACAUGUAAAACAUCCAGCGUUUAGGCUUCAAGCUCCAUCGGUGGAUCAUAAUUAAUGCUUUACGUAGCUGGGUUUUUUCUUUUUCAUGGAGUUUCUAAACUUUCACAAGGACACGGAAACAGAUCAGAUGCUUCAGUUACACCUCAUAACUUUUUCGGAAGACAGAUCCAUCCUAGAGGGGGAACGUGAAAAUAAAAAGACACCCACUCAAUAUUCUGUUAUCGACCCACUUGUCUGUUUCCACAGCAACCCACGGGGCACGCACAUGCAGCUGUCGUGAUUGAUUACCCACGGUUGGAUGUGCGAGACGGGACAGCUUUUUUUUUUGUGGCCUCGUAGCAUUUUCUUCAUGUCGAUUGCCCAUCGAGCAGUUUCUCAGAAUGUGUCUACUGGUGAACCAUUCCCCCUCCAGUCCUUCUUAAUGCUCUUUUGUAAAACUGCUCUCUUUAUCACUCCAUUUUUGUUCAUGAAUGUAAUGAGUCUUGCACUCGGCUGAUGUAUAACUGAUUCACAACUUUUGAAGAAGCAUACUUGUUCAUUUUUUUUAAAGCUAAACAAAGUCCRGUAGUCACGAGCAUCAUUAAAACCUUCUUACAAAAAAAUAAAAUAUGCUUUUUCCUGUGUA